UUCUGUCAUUGAUUGGGCCGUGAUCAAUACCAAAUUUAUAGUUGAUAAUGGCGGCAGGAGCAGGGGCGGCAGCGGCAGAAGGAGUGUGUAUGCCGACGGCGGCGCUGGCGGCAGGAAGAAGGGUCCUGGACGUGUACGACGAAGAGUUCUUGACUAAUCUGGAGAUCGCUAAAAAUUUAAUUGCAAUGGUGCAGAGUAAUAAAGAUAAGGAAAUUUGUAAAAAAUGGGUUUUGAAGUUGCGUUCAUUAAAAGCUACUGACGUUACAAUAAAAAAAAACAGAAACAGUUUCUUCAAGUACUUCUUACAAGUUCUCCACAAGGCUGUCCAGGGAGAAGAUCUUCUUGGUGUGUCACCGUUAGAUGAAAAGUUGGAGGAUGCGAGCGCCAGAGACUUCAUGUGCCGCUGGUCCGAUGAUAAAAGAACGUAUGUCGCAGCUAAACCUUUACCGGGAGCUGGAACACUCGUCUACAUGGCUGUUUCUAAGGACCCCAGCUUGGGUUGGGAAAAACAAGGAGAAACGAUCUUCAUAUAACUUACCUCUAGACUAUAUAACACUGUAAAAUUAGAGAAAACUAAAUUAACGUCGUUUCCUGCCUCCCGCCAUCUUGCCUUUUCUUGGUCGGUUUGAGUUUUUAGGUUUCUUUCUGCCACCACCACCCGUGCUGCUGCCGUGGGAUUUUCGCAGCCGCUUAGGUCGUUCUCCUUUUUUCUCCUCGGAUCGUCUAGAAACAGUGUUUAAUUAUUACAAAAAAAGUAUAAUUACAUAUAACAAUAUAUAUACUAUUCCUAUA